UACUUUGAUGAACGUGCGUGCCCGUGAGGCGUACUAGUAUUAUUGAACUUCUCUAAAACUCACCUCCUUAAUAUUCCUAAAUCCUAUUUCCAUUGGGAUUUUAGGGUAAUAUAACUAUAUAAGUACCCCUUAAACCCCUUUUAUUCUCUGUAAUGAAACCGCCGUCUGAAGCCGCCGUCUGAAGCUCGCCGCCUCACUUUUAGUUUCUCUCUAUUAUUCCCUCUUCUCCCCAAAACCCUCUCUGGAAACCCUAACUCCAAAUUUGGCGGAUCGAUCAAAGCUCGUAGGCGGCCAAGCUUAGAUAUCGAUCAAGAAAUUGAGGAGAUUUGAAGGGGGCAAAGGUUGGAAGCUGCAAAUUUUAACGGCCACCUGUGAGAUCGAUGAAGAAAUGGAGGAGGUUUGACAAGUUGAUCGAAAAAAGGGAGGAGCUUGAAAGCGGUAACCUUAAUGAUAUUUCCUCUCCUCUCUUUCUUCUCUCACCCCUUUUCCUGCAAUGCCUAUUAUUUUUCGGAAGAAGAAUAAUUCUGAAGAAAUUUCGAUUUGGGUCCAAAAUCUGAAGGCUAUGGGCGCGGAAUCGAAGUUAAAAGCAGCUCCUAAAGUCGUGAAAUUGAACAAGGCCUUGAAAUUGGCUGAAUCAUGGGUGAGCAGUAUGAGCGGAUCAACAACAGAAGAACAUAAUCAACUUGAUUUUGUGGGUCGACCUCCAAGGUUGGGUCUAGGAGCCAAAGAGACGCCAAAGGCAAAAUCAGAAGUUUAUGAUCCUGUCGAAAGAAAAUUGUUGGGGAAAUUGCAUGCAUGCAAGAAAUCAUCCAUUAAAGAUGCUAGAAAAGGCAAUAUUGUUGAAGAAAGUGUAGACAGCGAAGAGGAGGAUGAUGAUGAUGAGCCUCAGAGCAGAACGAAUGCUUUUGCCAAAAAGAGAGCAUUGCCUCCAAUCACAACUCCACAGUCGAAGAAACAAAAAUGAAAUGUUCAGACACUAGACAGUCUAAUCCUAAAUUAUGUGUUCUUUUAUUUCUCCACUUCGCACUAAAUUUUACUAGCUCCGCUCAUCCUAAGAUUUUGUAGUUGAUCAGCAAUUAAACAUGCAGAAGCUUUGUCAAUUGUAUACUUGUGAAGGAUGUUUAGGAUCGUUAUCUAUAAUUAUAGAAAAUUACUUGUUCUAUGUUUAACUUGUAAAAGAGCUUGUUGUAACCUUUGUCUAUCUACAAAACUAAAACUAGAGGGAUAGCAAGUUCAGAACAACGAUACUAUGAGGGGUCUAUCUGCAGCUAACCUCUGAUAUUGCUAUUGCUUCUGUAGUCGUUGUUGUCAUUGUUGUUAUUAUCGUCAUUGCCAUGUCAUUGUUAGUUGCAACUCAUUCUUCUUACUGCUAUAUGUUUUUUGAUGA